AUGUUUUAUCAAUUACUUAUAUUAUAUUAUUUGUUAGCAAUAGUACUAACAUCACCAUUAAAGCUAGAUAUAGAAGUUCAUCGUCGUGAUGAAAUCAUACUACCACAUCCAUAUUUAAGAAAAAGAGACGAGUUCAGAGUACCUGUACUGAGCGAAUACAGUGUAUACACCACAAUAUUAAGAAUAGGAUCAAACAGAGAUCCCGUACGAGUGAUUCUUGAUACCGGAUCAUCAGACUUGUGGGUCAUGUCCAGCAAUGUCAGUUGUGUAAGCAACGAGCAAUCCAAAGAGCAGAAAACUGGUUUUUUUGAUUCAAUAUUAACUGCAUUAAAUCUUAAAGCUACGAGAGUUUGUACUGAUAAUGGUGCUUUUGACUAUUUGAAUUCAGCUACAUUUACAAGGAAUGAUACAAAUCCAUUUAGUAUUGGGUAUAUAGAUGGAGUCACAACAAAAGGGUUCUGGGGAUACGAUGAUAUUACCAUAGGUGGAAACCCAAUUUCAAAUUUAUCAUUUGCCGUCGCUGAGGAGACAUCAUCGAAAAUCGGAGUGUUAGGCAUUGGACUUCCAGAAGCAGUAUCCACCAACACUAAGUAUGACAAAUCUUAUGAAAACCUACCACUCAAAAUGAAAAAUCUAGGAUUAAUCAACAGAACCCUGUAUUCAGUAUACAUGAAUUCCAACGAAGCGAGAUAUGGUGCUAUCUUAUUUGGAGCUAUAGAUCACGCAAAAUAUUCAGGAAACUUGACCACUUUAGACAUUGUCAAUCCUCCCAGCUCACUUCAAAGACUUAGAAUACCCAUCAGCAGUAUACAAAUAGCUAAUGGGACAAACCUGCCAACCACUGCUGUCAGCAAAGGACCCAGUGCACUCUUGGACACAGGAUGCACAUACUCAAGAUUUUCCAAGGAUGUUGUGGAUUCAAUUGCUAAGCAAGUAGGAGCAACAUUCCUGAAAGACAAGAACCAAUAUAUUAUUGACUGUAAUAUUCCAGCUACCACGCUUCUUAGACUCAACUUCAAUGGUCAGCCAAUAGAUAUACCUAUGACUGAAAUGAUAAGGUCAGCGGGUACUAACACAUGUACUUUGGGUAUAGAUGUUGACGAGAGCAAUAGCUUAUCUAUUGUAGGUGAUAACAUCCUAAGGAGAAUGUACGUGUAUUUUGAUCUAGAAGGUAAGCAGAUAUCUGUUGCCCAAGCAGUAUACACUGACGAACAAAAUAUUGAGAUUAUUUCUGACGACAAUUUCCAAACCGAUGGUCAAGAAGCUGGUUCCGAAUUGGUACAAGAAGAAGAAAAGAAUACUUCUUCCGCGUCUAAUAUCCUAUUUUCAUGGUCUUUCUUGAUAUCAGCAUUAUCAGUUUUCUUUAUUUACAAUAUUUAA